AUGGAUCCUCAGGCUCAGCUCACCGCGCUUGCUGCUGGCCUUCCCGAGGACACCUAUCACGCUCUCGAGGCAAUCCUUCGUGAUCUUGACCACCGCGUUACUCACACUCAGGCCCCAGCCCUUUCUGCCGACGAUAUCCGCAUUGCCCUCGAACACGGUUUUGCGAACACCCAAUUCAAUCUCCCUCCAGCACAUUUUACUCUCCCGCCUGCUCCUCCUCCGCCACCUGUUUCCGUGCAUCCCAGCCAAUUCAAGGUCGACCUCGCACAUUUCCAUGGCAAGGAUAGCGACGAUCUUGGUGCUUGGCUGACGUUGAUCGAGGAUUACCUCUGA